CCAUGCCUGUGCAAAAAGCAGUGAAACGAGUGGGUAAACCCCAAGGCAAAGGUGGCAAGAAAAAGAAAACCACCCUGAAGUACACAGUGGACUGUACUCACCCCGUGGAGGAUGGAAUCAUGGACGCUGCAAACUUUGAGAAGUAUCUGAAAGAGCGUAUCAAGGUUGACGGCAAGACUGGCAACUUUGGAAAUAAUGUCUCCUUGGAAUUGCAGAAAAACAAAAUCAACCUGACUAGUGAGGUUCCCUUCUCAAAGAGGUAUCUCAAGUAUUUGACAAAGAAGUACUUGAAAAAGAACAACCUCCGUGACUGGCUGAGAGUUGUAGCAUCCUCUAAGGAAGCUUUUGAGCUCCGCUACUUCCAGAUUAACCAAGACGAGGAAGAGGAGGAGGAAGAUUAA